AUGACUCCAAAUAUUUAUGCAAACGAUUUAAUGGAGACAACAAACAACAAUUUGGAUGACAUGGAUAAUGAAGAAAAAGAUAAAAACAAAAGGAUAAACAGGAAUCUAAGUGAGAAAAAAAGACGGGAUCAGUUUAAUCUAUUGAUCCAUGAGCUGAGUACAGCAAUCGGUUAUAAUAAUUCACUGCCGGCCGACUCUUCCGGGAGGUUAUCCGAUCUGAGUGUUGGCGGCGGCGGCGGUAAACACAAAACGGAUAAGUCGUCGAUAUUGAGGGCGUCGAUAGGUUUUCUGCGUACAAACUCGCAGAUUGACAGCAACUGUCCAAAAAACAAUGACAUCAAUGGUAGUCAUCAUCAACGGUCUGCCGGUGGCCAAAGAUCUGGUGGACAACAAUCGACGACCAAUUAUGAUACUUCUGGCGGCGGCGGAGUCAGUGGUGGUGAAAGUAUUUUCUGUUGGAAGCCGUCGUUUCUGGUCAACGAUGAGUUCAUACAUCUUAUGCUCGAAGCAUUGGACUCAUUUCUGAUUGUAUUGGAGGCCAACACCAGUGGUCGCAUAAUAUACAUGUCUGAUACCAUAUAUUCACUGUUGGGUAUGAUAUCGACAAAAGAAAGCCGAAAACAAACGUCAGUUUUGUCCGCAGCAGACAAUGGCGUCGACAACGACGACGACAACAACACACAGUUGUCGAUAUUUGAUUUGAUUCACGAAGAAGAGAAAUGCUAUGUCGAAGACUUUCUCCACUAUCGGUCAGUAGUGGACAACAUCGGUGGCGACUGCGAUGGCGGUACGGGUGCGGCGUUUUCAUCGAUUUUGCUUCACUUCAAAGAUCGCGAUUUCGAUGACAGCGACGAAACCGAAAUCUAUCGAUUGGUUCGUCUGGUCGGCUCUUUCUACGAGUCGGGCCAACUGAACACAAAACUGUUGCGAUGCCGACCGGGAAACCAGUACUUUGUCGGCAUUGGACGUCUGCAGACACCGAAAUUUCUCAAAGAGCUUAGCUAUCAGUUGACAGCUGAUAUGGGUAGUGGUGGCAGCGGUGACGGCGGCGGACGUGAGUUUAUCUCCCGAAACUCGUUGGAGUGGAAGUUCCUCUAUUUGGACAGUCGGGCGCCGCCUAUUAUCGGCUAUUUGCCGUUCGAGAUUCUUGGAACUUCGGGCUACGAUUAUUAUCACUGGAACGACUUGGACGACAUCGUUGCCGGUCACGAACAACUCAUGAGGACGGGUGAGGCCACUUCAUCGGUCUAUCGAUUUCUGACCAAAAGUCAACAAUGGAUUUGGUUGCGUACCACCUAUUAUAUAGCCUAUCAUCACUGGAACUCGAAACCCGAAUACAUUGUCUGCAGGCAUACAGUGGUCCGGGAGUCUGAGGUGGCCGAAGCCCGGGCACAAAAAGCCCAUAAAUAUGCUACCGAUAAGUGUCGACAGGCGGAAACAAUACAACGAUUGGCGGCUGCGGCAAAAAAUAUCGAUAAUGGCCUCAAUGGCGGUAACGGUGGUCAACCAUUACCUCAACAGACAUCAGCCUCAAUGGCUACGACAAAGAAUUGGCUUAACUGUUAUCCGGAUGUUGUUAUCUCUGCCCAAGAAUUUCUCGGCCCGAACGACAUGACUGGUGGUCUGGUUAUGAAUCAGCAGCAGUCGAUGAUUGUUGGCGGCGUCGGCGGGAACCAUACAGUAGUUAGUGACCGUCAGUCAUCAUCUGUAGCUUCUCAUCAUCAUAUGAUGUUAAACACAUCAUCGAUGGCUACUAUCGAUGAUCCUGAAUCGGCGGCCACAGCGGCGGCGGUGGUGGACAAUAAACAACAGUCACUUCUUCGGCAGUUUUUGAAACAAAAACAACAAUUACUCGAACACCAGAUCCGUCAGCAACAGGAAGAACUGAGACGAGUUGAUGAACAGCUACUACUGGUUCGAGCCGUUGAUAAUCAGUAA